AUGGCAGGUCGCCGGUUCAUUCAGGCCGUUCAGCCUGACGAUCUCAUCAUGGUCUACGCUCCGAAUCCCAAUCCAAAUAAUGCUAAUACGGCGACCAUGUUCGUCGUUCUAGGUGCCCCAGACGACAAUGAUCCUCAUCCCCUCACCUCCGCAGUAACAGUACGACAGGUUGACUGGGAUGUCCCAGCGUGGCCUGGUAACUGGAUCUUGGACGGUCCCCAAGUCCGCUACAUCACGGAGACGCUGGAAUGGUGGGGACGCGACGAUUAUGAUUCACAAGAGCAUCGCGAUCCAUGGGAGUUCAAUCAUGAUCCAGAUUCUGGACAUCUACUCCAGGAUAUCCUCGAUGCUCGUUCACCCGGGGUUGCGCCAGAUGACAAUCAGGAAUGUACCCAAGUCUUGGUCAAUCCUCACGGGCGGCAGAUGUCCCGUCUGCAAAAACGAAGACCUCUAUUUGCCCUGGGUGUGGUGGAUACUCAUGGCUCUAUCCUCAGAUCUUCGGUGGUUACCAAGCAUGUCCUAUGUGCCUGGGUCAUGACCAUGCACUUCGAGAUAAAGCAUUCUUGCGUGCGUUAG